AUGGAGGCUUGUCUUCUGCUGCUGCCCCAAAGGUUUCUCCUGCUGGGCGUGGUCGCCCUGACUGUGUCUGCUUUGGAGACAGCCGACCUGGUGGACCUGUGCGGGCGCACGCGGCGGGGGGACGCGCUGCUGCUGCGCUCGCACCCCGCGUCGCGCAGCUUCUACUUCGUGGCCCCGGACACCGACUGCCGGCUCUGGGUGCGGGCGGCGGCCCCCGGCGACAGGAUCCGCUUCCAGUUCCGCUUCUUCCGGGGGCAUGGCUGGACUCUCGGGGGUGUAUCAGAAACCCACGUGAGCAAGGGACGGGGCCUCUUGGAGCUGAAGUCGCAGGCGCUGGCCAACCCAGCAGCCUUUGGCCCUUUGCACUCCAGGUCCCAGCAGUGCCUCACAAGCUCUGCUGGGCCAGUCACCCUGGCCUUGCGUUUAGAGAUGAGACAGGCUGGGGAGGUCACGGGCCUAGGACCUUGUGGUGCCUACUUCCGCUGUCGGAAUGGCCGGUGCGUCCCCACGAGCCUGGUGUGUGAUCGCUGGGGUAUGGACAACUGUGGCGAUGGCAGUGACCAGGGCCCCUGGCCACCAGCCAACUGCAGAGAUCCCUCUCUGGCGCCCAGCUGGGCAGGAAGCACAGAGGCCAAUACCUCCAAGCCCCCGAUGCUGUCCCUGGCUCUCGGGUCAGCAGGUUCCCUCUGGAUUGCAGCUGAGCAGAAUUCCCCGGCAGGCCAGGAUUCCACGCAGCAGGAUGCAGCUUUGGAAGGCCCCCGGCUCCGGGGGGUGGCGCUGGCCUUCUCGCUGCUCCUGGCCUCGGCUGGCCUUCUCCUGGGCUUCGUCUGGUGUUGUUGCUCCCCCGGCCGGCUGGCCUGGCAACCUGGUGCCCGUGGCCUCUGCCUCGGCUGUGGUGCAACCGGCCCCAUCUGCUGCUACACGUGUCCUGACCGGGUUGCCCCUGGGGGUCUGCGGCUGAAUGGGCCUGCCAUGCAGGAUCAGGAAGGCCAUCCCUAG